AUGGAUGAGAAUCAGCCAUUUGCUGAAUACCAUGGCCAUCAUCUGCCUGCCGCCGCAGGUAUAGGAACAGCAACACUGCAUGAGUGGUCUGUCGAAGUGUUAUCCCUCUUUGAUCUCUAUUCGACAUCCACCAUUGAAGAUCCUGCUGAUCAGAAGCACAGGAAGAAGCAUGAUGCCUGUUCGGGCUCACACAAUGUAACCUCACAAAGCGUAGCCCGUAACAGACUUGACAGAGAGAAACGUGGCCAUGAAACUUCUGUGUAG